CUUCCCAGUGAUUGGCAGUGCAGCCUCUCCCAGUUUCCUCCCCUCACUACUUUUAUCUUUGGGUCACUGCCUUGGGCUGAGCUCUAGAGACCAUGGGGACUCCAAAUGAUCAAGCAGUAUUGAGAGCCAUCUUCAGCCCAGACACCCCAUUUGGAGACGUGCCUGGGUUGGAACUUGGAGAAGAUCAACUAGAGAAAAAUCAGUUGGAAGAUGAAGAUGAUGCCUUCCCUGGGGACCUGCUAGAACAGACCAAGAACCUAGAGUUACAGGGGGUAACAGCAGCUGAAGCUGGGAACCUGAACACAGCUCUUGAGAGGUUCAGUCAAGCCAUCGACCUGCUGCCUGGCAGGGCCUCAGCCUAUAACAACCGAGCCCAGGCUCGAAGGCUCCAGGGGGAUGUGGCAGGUGCAUUGGAGGACCUGGAUUGUGCCAUUCUGCUGAGUAAGGGCCAAGGACAGGUGGCAUGUCAGAGCUAUGUCCAGCGGGGGCUUGUGGCCCGUCUGCAGGGCAGAGAUGACGAUGCCAGGAGCGAUUUCGAGAAGGCAGCUCGGCUGGGCAGCCCCUUUGCCCGACGCCAGCUGGUCCUGCUCAACCCUUACGCGGCCCUGUGUAACCGGAUGCUGGCUGACAUGAUGAGACAGCUGCAGGGCAUCAGUGAUCCCUGAGAAGAGGCACCCCUGCCUGGGUACCACGCUCCUGGGCAGCCCAGAGGGAGAGGGCAGCGCCCGCUAACGGAAUAAAGUCACCUUUAUUUGA